GUUUUUGUGCAACUCUUACCGGAAGUGAAGAAGCGUGAGACUGCAAUUUGACGUCGGUUAAAUAAGUAAGCUUCCAGAGAUGGUGGACUCCCAGUAUUACCUGCCCAACAGCAUUGGGAUUUCUGCGCUGGACUGCGCUGAGGCAUUUCGGUUGCUCUCCCCUCAGGAGAAGAUGUAUGCGCACUACCUGUCACGCGCUGCCUGGUAUGGAGGUUUGGCUGUGCUGCUGCAGACUUCACCAGAGUCCGCAAACAUAUUCGUCUUGCUCCAGAGGAUCUUCAGGAAACAAUCUCCAGCACAGUUGGAACAAGUUGCCACAGCAGCCGGACUGAGCGCAGAUGAAUAUAAAGCCUUCCUGGUGUAUGCAGCUGGAGUCUAUGCAAACAUGGGCAACUAUAAGUCUUUUGGAGACACAAAAUUUGUCCCAAAUCUGCCAAAGGACAAGAUGGGAGCUCUGGUGAAGGCCAGUCAGGCCUUUCAGGAGCAGCCUGCUGAGAUGGAGGCACUGUGGGACAGCUGCUCGUGUCUCGUCUACUCUCUGGAAGACAAGCAGAAGCAGCUGGGGCUCGGUGACAAGGGAAUCACCACAUAUUUCUCCGGGAACUGCUGCAUGGAGGAUGCUGAGCUGGCUCAGAAGUUCCUUGACUCAAAAAAACUCUCGGCUUAUAAUACACGCCUCUUCAAGAAGGACAUCGGAGCCAAAGCCUGCUAUGAGGUGCGCUUGGCGUCCGCCAUCAAGAAAGACUGUGCUGUCGACGGCGAAUGUGAGUCUUGCUGUGGCACCUUCAGUUUCGAAGACAAAGAGUUCACAGUGAAACGAGGAGAUUACGCUCCGAUAAUGGAGAAAGUCUGUUUUUAUCUGGAAAAGGCCCAGGCCUACGCAGCAAACGAGAACCAGCGACGGAUGAUUGAGGAAUACAGGCGCAGCUUCUCCCUCGGCUCAGUGGAGGCUCACAAAGAAGGCUCGCGCUUCUGGAUCAAAGAUAAGGGUCCGAUUGUUGAGAGCUACAUUGGCUUCAUUGAGAGCUACAGGGAUCCGUUUGGAUCCAGAGGGGAGUUUGAAGGUUUCGUGGCGGUUGUGAACAAGGCUAUGAGCGAGCGCUUUGCCAAACUGGUGAGCUCAGCGGAAGUGUUGCUGCCGGAGCUUCCUUGGCCCCGGGAGUUUGAGAAAGACAAGUUUCUCAAACCAGACUUCACCUCCUUGGAUGUUCUGACCUUUGCCGGAAGUGGAAUUCCAGCUGGCAUCAACAUUCCUAACUAUGAUGACAUCAGACAGUCGGAGGGAUUCAAGAACGUGUCGCUGGGAAACGUGCUGGCUGUGGCCUACGCCACAGAGAAGGAGAAGGUCACCUUCCUGGAGGAGGAUGACAAGGAUCUCUUCAUCAAGUGGAAGAGUCCGUCAUUUGAGGUACAGGUUGGACUUCAUGAGCUGCUGGGACACGGCAGUGGCAAGUUGUUCGUCCAGGACGACACCGGCAAGUUCAAUUUUGACCGGGAGAAGGUUGUCAACCCGGAAACGGGCGAGCCGGUGUCCAGCUGGUACCAGGGCAGUGAAACGUGGGACAGUAAAUUCACCACCAUCGCCUCAUCUUAUGAGGAGUGUCGUGCAGAAUGCGUCGGUCUUUACUUGUGUCUCAACAAGGAAGUGCUCAGCAUAUUUGGACAUUCUGGCCAGGAGGCAGAAGAUGUGGUGUAUGUAAAUUGGCUCAGCAUGGUUAGAGCAGGUCUCCUGGGUCUGGAGUUUUACACACCUGAGAGCAAGAGCUGGAGACAGGCUCACAUGCAGGCUCGCUUUGUCAUCCUGCGAGUGCUGCUAGAGGCGGGCGAAGGUCUGGUCACUCUGAAGGAGGUCACGGGUAAAGACGGGAAACCGGACGCCAGGAUCACAAUUGACCGGAGUAAGAUCUGCACCGUGGGCAAGCUGGCCAUCCACAAGUUCCUCUGUAAACUGCAGGUCCUGAAGUCCACGGCUGACGUGGAUGGUGGCCGGGCACUCUACGAUAAAUACUCCUCAGUCUCAGACAGCGGUGCUCACAACUUCUUGCGUCUCCGUGAGACCGUUAUCCUGAGAAAGGAAGAUCGCAAAAUGUUCGUCCAGGCCAACACACGAGUCAACGGUGAGAAUGUGGAGCUGCUGGAGUACGAGGGCUCCAUGUCCGGUCUGAUCCAGUCCUUCACCGAGCGCUUCCACGAGGACUGUGAGCAGCUGGAGUUGGACCUCUUGGAGCUGAGCAGGGCAGACUCCUGCUGCUGGUGCUCGUGAUCCACCAUUUAAAAGAAAAAAAAAAAAAAAACAAGGCAGAAAUCUGAAACGCUACAAUGCAGAAGCCUUUCAGGUGACACCUACUGAGAGCGAAGCAGAACCAGAAAUGAUAAGUGACUAAUAAGUGAAAUUGUCUUAGCCAAUGUUGUUUUUGCAAUUUUGUUAAUCGACUGUUAAAUUUGAAGACAGUAAGUACCUCAUACAAAUUUUGUCAAAUGGACUGUGUGAUUGUGGGUUUUUUUGGCUUCUGGUGUGAUGAUGAUGUCAUGUGGGAUCAAGAUUAAAAUACUUGGGAUAAGAGCUUGUUUUUUUAUAAAUUCAUCAGUACAAAGAUUCCACACAAAAGAAACUUGUGAUUGCACUUCUUUAAUUUAUCUAAAGCUGAGUGACUUGGUAAUUUAACAUUGGGUCAUUAGAUCUAUUGGGACAUUUCCUUUCUGAGCUUUCCGUCUGCAGUGUUGGAUCAGUUUAUUGAAACACUUCAGACCUUAAUCUUCCUUUUACACUCACCAGUUGUCAGUUGAGCUGCUGUGCCUGUUUAAAAGUUGAAGCAGAUAUUUGAUGAUGCAUUCAGGGACUGUCAGAAAUAUGGAGCAUUCUGCUCACAUAUUGUCACCUCCAUUCCACUCCUCCAUACGCUCAAUACAAAUCACUACAUCGUCACCAAACAUCAUUGUCGCAGAGACGCAUUCAAUUCAGACCUCAAAUUUCCACCAAUUGGACACAUCACUGUGACACCCUGAGAGGCAGAGUGGUGCUAGCAAAGUUGAGUUUAUGAAGUGGGAGUGAUUUAACAAAGUAAUGAUAGGAUGUAAAAAAAAAAAGUUUGUUUAAAGAUGUUCGCAUUUGCUCACAGG